AUGGUCAGAGCAUUCAAGCAUCACGAGCAGAAACUUCUUAAAAAAGUAGACUUUGUCAACUAUAAAUCGGAUCCUUCACUCCGUGAAAAUGCUGUAAUGCGCAGAUACCACAUUCAACGGCGUGAAGACUACAUCAAGUACAAUCAAAUAUGUGGACAAAUUAGAAAGUUGACAAACCGAUUGGCUAUGCUGGAUCCUAAAGAUCCGCUGAGAAGUAAAAUGACAGAUGCUAUGCUGGAUAAACUCUAUCGCAUGGGACUCAUCACAGCUGCCAAGUCUCUAUCCCAAUGUGAAAAGAUUACUGUUUCCGCAUUCUGCAGACGGCGAUUGCCAGUCGUUAUGGUCCGUCUUAAGAUGGCAGAAACCAUCAAGCAAGCAGUGAUUUACGUAGAGCAAGGACAUAUCCGUGUUGGUCCUCAAGCAGUGACUGAUCCAGCAUAUCUAGUUUCUCGUAAUCUUGAAGACUUUGUUACAUGGGUUGAUACAUCCAAGAUUAAGCGCAAGAUUAUGAAAUACAAUGACAAGCUGGACGAUUUCGACUUGUUGUAG